AUGGAUAAUCAGAAUGAUCAAAAUAAUUUCUUUAGUAUUUCUUUUAAAACACCUCCUAAAGAUGAUACAGGUUUAACUCACAUUUUAGAACAUUUAGUAUUGUGUGGAUCAAAGAAGUUUCCAGUGAGAGAUGCCUUCUUUUCAAUGUUAAAGAGAUCAAUGUCAACUUAUAUGAAUGCUUGGACAGCUGCUGACAUUACAUCCUAUCCAUUCGGAACUUUAAACGAAAAGGAUUAUUAUAAUUUAAUGCAAAUUUAUUUGGAUGCUGUUUUUAAUCCAUUAUUGAGAGAAUUGGAUUUUUCACAGGAAGGGCACAGAUAUGAAUUUGAAGAGGAAAAUAUUCAGUCCAAUUUAACAUUUAAAGGAGUUGUUUACAAUGAAAUGCAAGGAGUUGUUGGAGAUGCCAAUAAUUUCUUUUCAUUUGAGAUGAAUAGACUCUUAUUUGAGAAAUUCAAGGCAUUGAAUAAUAGUUUUGAAUUUCUCCAUGGCUAUUCUGUAAAUUAUGGAGGAGAGCCAAGAAAUAUCAUUGAUUUAAAAUAUGAAGAAUUGGUGGCUUAUCACAAGAAAUAUUAUGCGCCAAAUAAUGCUCUAGUUUUCACAUAUGGAAAUCUUCCUCUCACUAAUCACUUGGACUUCUUCAAGAAUGAAAAGAUUUUGGAUCAAUUUGGAGAGAUGGAAUAUGUAAAGAGUGUUCAGGAAGAGCUUAAACAAGUCAAGGAUUUCCAAGUGCAGCCAUACACUACUGAAAUUAUUUAUACUGAAGGUCCAGAGGAAAGUAUAGUUCACAACCCAGAAAAACAAUUGAAGUAUUCAAUGACAUUUUUUAUGAAUAGACCAAUUGAUGGAUAUUUUGAAACAUUUUGUUUGCAAAUUAUUGAUCUUUUACUGUUAGAUAAUCCAAGAGGUCCACUUUAUCAAACCAUCAUUGAAUCCAAGUUGGCUCCUAGAUUUAUUUCCAUCACUGGUUAUGAAAAGACUGAUCUUUUAAGGAAACAAACAGCAUUCAUAAUUGGAGUAACAGAUGUAGGAGAAUCUGAUAUUCCACUCAUUGAAAAUGCAAUUAAUCAAACUCUUGAAAAGAAUAUUAAAUUAUUGAGAACUCAAGUUAGAGAAAAUCCAAACUUUUUCCAAAAUUUGAUGAGAAAAUACUUUAGAAAAGAUAACUCAUUUAGUGUUGUUAUGAGACCUAAUAAGAUGCAUUUGGAUAAAUUUAAAGAAUUUGAGAGAGAAAAACUCAAAUCAAUUGAACGAUCCAUGAGUGAACAGGAAAGGACUAACACACUCUCACAAGCUAUCACACUCAAAAAUCAUCAAAGUGCUGAAAAGCUGAAGGAUGUUGAUUCCAUUUUGCCUUCACUAAAUAUUAAUGACAUUAGACCAAAGAUUCUCUACUCAAUUGAUCCACAUGUUAAAGAAUUCACUAUUCAUGGUAGAAAAGUAUCCCUUUUCAUUCAACAUACAAAUGGCCUUGUCCACUUCAGUUUGGAUUUUGAUUUGUGGGAUGGAGAACAUAUCAGUAUCAGUGAUGAUAGCUCAAUUGACCUUUUACCAUUUUUCACAUAUAGUAUAACCAAGAUGGGUACAAAAUAUUUGGAUAAGAAGGAAUUGUCUGAAAAGAUUGGAUUAUAUACUGGCGGAAUUUCAUCAAGCGUUUACAUGACACCAAGAUAUAAUACAGCUAAUCAUGUCAAUAACUUAGGAAGAUUUGGAUUGGAAUUUGACUCUGAGAGUACUUUGGAAAAUUUCCCAACUCUUUUGAACUUGAUAGAUGAUAUUAUCAAUAGUCCAAGAUUUGUUGAUGUUGAAUAUUUGGAAAGAUUAUUUGAAGAAUACUCAACUUCAAUUAGUGAAUCUUUGACUCAAAAUGGAAAUGAAUUCUCUCAAUCCUACUCUUCUUCAUUCUUGAGUGAUUACUCUAAAUUGAGUGAAAGAAUAAGUGGUAUUUCUCAUUUCCUAUUUAUCAAAGAUUACAAAGAAAAGCAUGCCAAUAAUUUGCCUGAAGUUUUACUUGAAGAUAUGAAAAAGAUUUUACGUCACGUAUUCAAGAAUGUCUCCGUUGCCAUUACAACAGAACCUGAAAAUAUUGAGAGUGUCAAAACAAAUCUCAUUCCAUUCCUUCAACAGUUUGAAUUUACAGAUAUUGGAAAGAAGCAUUCAUUCAAAACGACGACACAAGAAAAGGAGGAAAAGAGCAAGACAUUUAUUGGAUUGAAUUUCCCUGUCAAUUAUGCAUCUAUUAGCAUGUUUGUUAACACCACAUAUUAUGAAAAGGAUGCAGCAUCUCUCUCAGUUUUUUCCACAUUUUUAUUCCCAAUACUCCAUAAAGAAAUCAGAGAAAAGGGAGGAGCUUAUGGACAAAACUCUAGAGUGAGUGUAGGAGAUCAGACAUUUUCAUUCUUUACGUACAGAGAUCCACAAACCUAUAAUUCAAUUCAAGUAUUUAGAAAGGUCAUUUCCAACAUUUGUGAAGGCAAUGAAACAGAAAUUACCGAAAAGGAAUUAUUUGAAUCUAAAUUGUCCAUGUUCAAGAGAUUAGAUAAGCCAAUUGAACCUCACUCUUUAUUUACAACAAGAUAUUUAUAUGAUAUUUCAGAUGAAAUGAGACAGAAUUAUAGAACAAAUCUUAUUAAUGUUUCUGUGCAUGAUUUGUACUCUGUAUGCAAAAAGUACUUGUUGAAUCCAGACUUGUAUCAUGUUACCAUUGUUGGAAAUGAGCAAAAAAUUGAUACUGACUUGACGGAUAGAAAUGAGUGGGAAAUUAUCAAGAUUAGUUCAAAAUAA